AGUGUUAAUCUCUUAGGAACCUCGCCUUGGCGUUAUAGAAGAACACAAUGAAGAAGCUACUCUUCGCGCAGAAGGACAACUUGAUCUUCAGUGCCCCCAGGACAGCACCACGCUGGCUAGCCUCGACCGUCCGGAAUUACGUUCCUAUAUUAACAACUGGUCUAAGGAAACAGCUGUUUGCCCCGCCAGCCUCUGGGCCUGGGGUCCAUACUUCAGUUUCAACUUGGAAAAGGAAGAUUUUGCUUAUCCGAAAACGGAACAGAUGGGGCUGAAGAAGGGAAAGGACACACAGAGGAAAGAGAAGACUGAAGAUGAAGAGAUGGAGACUAUGAGCAAGGCGCUAGCAGAUAUGUCAAGGCGGGAGCGUGGCAUGGCAGGGAGGGAAAGCUUGGUGCGUCAACAUCUGGUCCAUGUGGAGAACCGACUCUUCGAGAUGUUUGGGGACAAGGAGAAAAAUACCAUCGACAUCAGUAGGUUUCUCCUGGGGCUGACGGCAACCGGGAUGCGGCACUCUGAUCCUCGCCUGAAAGAGAUGAGAGAAAACCUAAAGAAGUUCCAGGAUAAGAUUGCAGCUUCAGAUCAUCAUGCUCUCAAUAUCAGCUAUGACACCUUCAUGAGCAUCAUCUCUGAUAACCUGGAGGUGAUAGUGAAAGCGUUCUCCUCAUCCUUCGUGAUCCCGGAUUUCCGCGGCUUCUGUCACCAUAUUGAAGAGAUCUAUGCCAAGUGCCUCACCAAUACAGACGGAAAGGCGGCGCACUACAUCCCACAGUUAGCUCGCGCUAACCCUGAUCACUGGGCAGUAUCAGUGUGCACUGUGGAUGGUCAGAGGUACUCCACAGGGGACGUCAACGUUCCCUUCACUCUCCAGUCAUGCAGCAAGCCCUUGACCUACGCUCUGGUGUCUACUAUGUACGGCACGGACCACAUGCACAACUUCGUCGGGAUGGAGCCGUCUGGUCGCUACUUCAAUGAGCUUUGCCUCGAUUAUAACAAUAAACCUCACAACCCUAUGAUCAACGCUGGUGCCAUCAUGACAGCUGCACUGCUCAAGCCUGAUCUAUCAGCUGCAGACCGCUUCGACUUUGUGUUUAACAUGUAUAAGCGACUUGGAGGCGGUGAGUACUUAGGCUUCAAUAACGCAGUCUUCCUGUCUGAGAAGGAGUGUGCAGACCGCAACUUUGCUCUGGCCUACUUCAUGAGAGAGAACAAGUGCUUCCCUGAGGGAACCCGUCUCCAUGAGACACUGGAUUUCUAUUUUCAGGUAUGUAGAACCUUCAUUCAGUUCAGCUCUGGCUGCCUGAGAAGACACACAUCAGAAGACGUGAAAUGGCAUCAAGAGGCUGUAGUUAUUCUCCAGAUGAAUUCUGCUACAUAUGUGGUUGGCCUGCCAUCUAAGUCUGGGGUAUCGGGUUGUGUGCUGUUGGUAGUGCCCAACACCAUGGGUAUCUGCCUCUGGUCACCUCCUCUGGACUCCAAUGGAAAUUCCUGCCGUGCUGUCCAGUUUUGUAUGGAACUGGUAUCUCGUUUCAAUUUCCACAACUUCGACAACCUGCGUGGUCACUUCACCUCCAAGUGUGACCCACGCAUGGCCAAGGCUGAGUCAAAGGCACAGAUUCUCUUUGACUUGCUCUUCUCUGCUGCUGCUGGGGAUCUCUCUGCUCUCAGAAGACACUCUCUCUCAGGAAGUGACAUGCAAGCCAAAGAUUAUGAUGGCAGAACAGCACUGCAUGUAGCUACGUCAGAGGGACACUUGAAUAUUGUCAAGUAUCUCCUAUACAACUGCCAGGUUUAUCCUCUGCCCAAGGAUCGAUGGGGGAGGACGCCCUUAGAUGAUGCCAGCAGCUUUGGUCAUCCCGACUGUGGCGAAGUGAUUAUUGAAUGUAGCAAGAAGAGAGGCAUCGAAAUUCCUCUUCCACUUUCUGAUGCCAAUGACUUUCAUGCAGAUUAAAUUGCUGGGCACUUUUGUAUAUGUGGUAUAACGAGAUAUAGUGAAGAAUAUAGCUUUAAUUAAGGUUUUGUUUCAUCUCACUGCUAUAAGUGAUUCACAAUUAACUCAACAAUUGUAGAUGAAAGUAUCUGUAGAGCAUGAGUUUAAUAGCGCUGGAAGUUUGUUCCAGACACGUGCCAUUAACAACAAAGAGAAGAUGCAAGUUAGAAAGAAAAAAAAGUGCCCCUCUAAAGGCGAAGAUGGAGAAUUACAGAAAUUCUCAAAAGCUACGGAUUUUUUAAAGAACGACACUGGCUAUGGAAAUGGAAAAACAUUAGGCUCAAACUGAAUGCAUUGUACAGAACCCACGAGAGACAGGGAAAAUAAAAAGCAUAAAUAAAAUUUAAAGAAAUCCUAAAUACUACUUCUCAUGUAAAAUCCAUGGCAAAAGGCACAUUCAGCAUCUGACCCUCGCUUAAAGGUGGAACCUACAUUGAUGACAAUAAACAAAUGCGGGAAAUACUGAAGUUACUGUGCCUCUCUGUGCUCAGUGACCCACUAAUCAGUAUAAAGAUAGACAAUCCAAAUGAGGGUUUUCAUGGAUGAGACUCAAAACCCCGCUGACAUCUCCAUAAUGUCUGAUAUAACCCUAGCCCCAGUUGACUUGAAAAAGUCAUCAAUUCCAUGCCCCUGCACUGCCCCAGGCCCUGACUCACGAAACUGCAUAUUCAUCAAGAAUUGCAAGAAACCACUGUCUGGUGCCUUGACUGUUCUAUGGAGUAGGAGCCUGGAUACAGGAAUCAUCCCAGUCCCUAAAAAAAACAAUGACAUAGCCCCACCCUAUGAAGCUAAUAUCUCACAGUAUCAAAAUCUUUGAGAGAGUUUUAGGCAAGAUUGCUAAUCACAUGGAAUGUCAACAACGGCACAGCCCAGGGCAACAUGGGCUCAGAACAGGUCGCUCCUGCAUCUUGCAAUUGCUUGACUAUUAUGACAUGGUCUUGGUUGCAGUGGAAGACAGAUUGCGGAUUUAGUGUACACUGACUUUGCAAAAGCCUGUAACAAGUGCGACCAUGAUAAAAUAGCCCACAAAAUCGUGCAAAAGCAUUAACUAGGAAAGUGGGCAAAUAGGUAUUUAAUUUUCUAAUGAAUAGUAAUAGUAGUAGUAAACGGAGUGAAAUCAGAGGUUGCCAUAGUGAAAAUUUCUGUUCCCAAAGGCACGGUACUGGCUCGUGUUCUCAUUCUCAUAUCCGUCAUAAAGACAUGGCAUCUUAUCAUCUUUUGAAGAUGAUACUAGAAUCUGUAUGAGAGUGGCAUCCAGUGAGGACAUAGCAAGCCUCCAAGCUGAUAUAAACAAAGCCUGCCAGUGGGCCACUCAUAACAAUAUGAUGCUUUGAAAGAUUGAGGAUGUAUAGACUGGAACACAAUCUCUCAAGAGAGCAUGAGACUUGAGAGACUUGGGAGUGUCACUAUCAAAACAGCAAGGAAAAUUAUCUGCUAGAUAGCCAAGAGUUUUCAAGACACGAGAUGCCAAGCCAAUGAUGAUACUCUUCACUUGUUUUCUCUAGGUGAGGCCUGGUCUGGGGCUGGGCUGUGAGGGCGUUAACCCUGGGAACACACUUCAGGUAGACGACGUUUCGGUUCAUCCUGUUAUAAAGCUCAGGACGGACCUAAACAUCUAGUUUCAGCUCCGUAUUGAGGGUUAUGUAUUGUUCGAUCAUUGUAGCUAUUGUUCUUUUGUCAGUGACUGUAAUUAAGGUAUCUUGUAUUACUGUUCAUGGCCCGGUGUCAUGGAAUUUUUUAAACGUUCAUAAUUUAUAUAGGCAUUCCUGUACAUUUAUAUAAUCUGAAAAAAAAAAAAUCUCUUAGUCUGUAAUGUUGAAUUAUGAAGAUGGAAGUGAGAAACAAAGAGUGUAGUAUUACAAUGUUUAAGAUGAUACUGGAAGUGUGUGGCAAGGAUUGUAGUAUUACAGAAUGUUUUUGAUGAUAAUGGAAGUGUGGCAAGGAUUGUAGUAUUACAGAAUGUUUUCUGUGAUAUUUAUUAUUACACAUCAGUUUCCCACCAAGGCUGGGUGACUCACAGGACACUGAAAGCACGUUCACUGUCACUCAUUCCGUAGCUGUCUCUCAUUAUAUUAAUAAGGAAGUGCUAAACUUUUAGCGCCUGGAGUUUGAGGUAAUCAGGUUUGAUCCAAGGAAUAGGAAGGUAGCUCCAGUUUUUUGGAUCAAGAGCCUUUCACCAGCUUGAAGACACUAGUAGUGUUCCUGUGUUGUAGGCUAAGUGACUUUGGCUGUCUAUGGAAGCCUGACUACUGGGCAAGUUAAGUAGUGAUCUCUCUCCCGUUAAUGGAUAACGGGACUUUGGCUUGUCACUGUACAUUUGUUGGCCUGCUUCAUCUCUACUUUGCCUCUAAUGAAUUGUUUUACAGGCUUUUCUGUUGUGUACCAUUAUGUCUUCCUCAUCCCUUCUUACAACGUUUCUUUAGUCUUUUUUUUUUCACUGAUACCUAAUACCUGUCUGUUCAUUAAUGCCUUAACACUGUAAUAUAUUCUGCAAGAAUAUCAUAACUCCAGGCACUGGCUUGGAGUUUUAAGACUCGCUCGCCAUGGGUUCAAACUCCAUCCAUCCCGUGGUUUGUUUGCAGCCGUGUUAUUAGGAUUUCGUGAGUCAAGAAUAUUAAUUUUUAAAAGGGUGAGCCAGGAGAAGGCCUCAGCCAGACGACCAAAAGCUUCAGUGGUGGGUCAUCAUAGGACUAAGACCCGCGUCAGGAAACACUUGUCCUGUUUCCUGGUGAAUCUUACCUAACCUAACCUAACUAAUGCAUUAGACUCACCAUCAUGUUGAAUUCUUCAGCAAAUACAGUGGGGUAUGCUAUAACGAGUCUAAUUGAUUCUAGAACCUCGUUCGUUAUAGAAUAAUCCGUUCCAGGCCCCCAAAUACAGCCCCUUAAUGUAAAAUAUAAUUUAAAAUUUCAGGAGUAUAAAUGUGCAUUUAAACUCCUGAAAUAAAGAAUAUCAUUAAUGCUUGUAAUAAAAAAAUUAGUACAAAGACUAAUAAAAAAUACUGUACUUGAUCCUAGCUCAGUGUUGUUGAGGAUGCAGGACAGGAAACAGGAUGAGAGAAUUACUGAGAAGAGAUGGAAGGAGUGGAGUCAUCCUUCUUAGUCUAUCCUACACCCAGUUCUUCUCAACCAUCUUUUUAAUUUUUUUAAUAUUUUCAGUUUUAUAGGGAAAACCGUUCGUUAUGUAAAUAUUCGUUAUAUAAACCGUUCGUUAUAGCAUACGCCACUGAACUGAUUAAACAGAUGACCUCAUCCCCCGUCCCUCUCAGACUCUCCACUCCUUUCAUAGAUGGAGAGUUCACAAAUGACCUGCACAUAGAAAAACUUGUGACGACGCUUCGGUCCUACUUGGACCGAAAUGUCGUCACAAGAAACGUGACCAAAUAUAGAUACAGGUACAGUGAUAUAAGAAUUUUAAAGAUGUAUCUAUGCAUUUAUACCCAUUAGUCAUCCUAUUUCAUGACAAGGACAGUUAAGCAUGCAACACAGGUACAUUUAUGCAGACUUUAGUGUUUAAAUAUAUUUUUAAUUAUAUAUUCCCAUAGAGUAAGUUCUAUAGUACAAGAUAAUUUAGCAAUAAUAAAGUUACUAUUUUUUGCUGUAGUAUUUUUAAAUAUUUGUGUAAAUCUUUUCCGUCAUCCAUGUUGCUGCAACGUAGUAUUAAUAUAUAAGUAAAAUUGACGCUUUUAAAGAGAUUAGAGAUUACAUAAGCUAAGAAAAUUAAUUUAAAACCAAUACUAUCCAGUCUGUAUUUGACUUAAUGAGAGAACAACAUGGAUAUGGUUAAGUUGUGCCCAUCAUGCAUUUCAUUUUUUUUUGUGUUGUUGGCGUUCUUGCAUUAUGUAACAUGUGAUAUGUUAUGUCUUCCGAGGGAUAUAACUGAUUUAGUACCUGUUGUUGAAGUUUUGUUAUCAAGGAGACAGUGUCUGGAUAGCAGCAGUUUUAUUAUUGAAUUUAUCGGUGAAAAAGUUUACAAUACACUGUUAUAUAUUUUGUAUUGUCACGUAAUACUAUUGUAUACCAGAAAACAUAUCAAGGGAAAUUAUUUGUUUGUGCUUCAGACUACUGGGAAUUGUUAUAGAGUAAUGUUACAGUUAUUAUAUGUAUAAGCAAAAGUUUUUGAAUAAAUUAUACACUUUGUAUCCGAA